UUUCGACGCGCCCGUCGUAACGUCCGUUUUGGCAUCCUACUGAGAAACUCGACUCGAAACAGUCUGGGGCCCGUCGGCCUUCCAGAAAUUCCAGAAAUUCCAGGAAUGCUCACCAUCUCCAUUUGGAACAAUGACCGUCAGGUCGCCUCCAUCUGGUCACCUUCGACCGGACGCCCGAAGCAGGAGGUCUUCAUGAUCCUCGACACCCUCUACAAUAUACACGAUAUCGAACAAAUCUUCUAUCUUUCUCCCAAAGCAAAGUCAGCGACAACGUCAACUACACCAGACAUUCUUGUACCCCAUCACUAUCUCCUGAUACCUCUCGCUGGUAUCACUCAACCGCCGUUGGAACUACCAAGUUCGAUACCAGUAUUAUUCCCGAGCCACACGUCAGACAAAGAUUCCUUAUCAGCAGUCUUUCAAAACAUGCAGCUCCAGGCUCGUCCUCUCGCUCGGUCGGCCAAAUUCCGCUUUCGUUUGGCACAACGCGAUCGAACCUGCGUGCUUACUAACGCAUGGGAGGACGGUGUCGUCGCCGUGCACAUAAUCCCGCACGAGUGGCAGAGUACAGAUUUGAGCAGACUGCCACAGCAUAUCCGGGAAGUUCUGGGGGGUUUGGAGGGAGGGAUAGGAUCGUUCGAAAAUGGCAUGCUGCUGGACAGCAGCGCGCACACUCGCUUCGACAACGGUCAUUGGGGCGUUGUUUGGAAGGGUAACGAUACGCCGGGAUCAGAUGGCGGGGUUUGGGAAGUCGUGGCAAUUACUAGCGAAGGCGCAAAGUACGCUGGAAAAUCCCUCCGCUGGCUGGAGGGGAUCAGGGACGAUGGCGUUCGGUGGAGGAAUCUCUUUCCACCUCCCGAACUAUUCAAAUUUCACCUUCAGUGUGCUAUAUUCAAACACUGCACGGGACGGGGUGAAGGAGACGAUAUCUGGGAAGAUUACGAUCAUGCAGCGACAAAGGUGCUGACGUCCGAAGAGGCAUUCGAGCGGUGGGCUAACGGGUCAGGGCGGAUUGUCCCAUCAACCAUUGAUAAGUCCGGCACCGCUGCCGAGGCUGUACUUUGAGACUAAUAGGUGUGUUUCUACUUUGACUGUUACAAGUUUAAGAAGACUCAAAGGGUAUUCAAAAUUCGAAGAAAUGGCAGGAUAGAAUUAUAUUCAUUUAGAUAUGGGCGCAGAGCCGGUUGAUUUUGGCACUAGUAGCGAAUACAUUGAUGACUUGGCC